AUGCGCAACGCCAGGACGUUUGCCCACGACUUGAAGGGCAACAAGCCCCGCAUGGCGUGGUCAGCGGACAAUUUGUACAGUCUCAUUGCGAGGUCCACAUUGCCAAACUUUGUUCGAGAGACGACGUUUAGGGCGACUGCGUUGACGAUGUACCAACAGCGGUGGAGGAGCAAGCGAUUGCUGAGAUCCUACCACGGAGAUUGGUUGCCCGAGAAGCGCUUCAAGCGGUGGUUCUUGCCUACAGCCCUGCCUGCUCUGCUCAGAGAUGCCGUCCCAUCUUCGAAAUCCACAGCAGCCGGCGCCAGGGAUCGUCUCGCCCUGAGUCGAAGCGCUUCCAGUUCCGCUUCUGGCGAAUCCCUGCUUCCCGGCUUUGGUCAAGACGAGCCAUCUGCAGAUCAACAGAUGCCAGUCGCCAGUCUUUUUGUGCGAGAAAUCGAGAGGCGUUUGGACACGGCCGUUUUCAGAGCUUGCUUUGCACGCAGCGUGUACGAAGCAAGGUCCCUCGUCGUGCAUGGUCACGUCAAACUGAAUGGCUUUAGGAUGAGGAAUCCAAACACGCUGCUCAACCCUGGAGACCUCAUCAGCGUCGAUCCUGCCUCCAUUCCCAUGCUCAGCCCCAAACUACGAACCGGCUUGUUCCGCAAUGGUGGUUCCGCCGCCUUUGGAGAUGAUGCAGCGACGGAGCCGAUCAAGCGGACAUCGAGACCAGUCAAUGCCAAGAACGCAAAGGCAAAGGAGAGGACAAAGGAGCGUGAGCAGAACAAAGAGGUGAAAGAGGCCAGCAGCGCUCGGGAUGAGGGCAAGGAUGUUGGCGAGGGGGAGGCAGCAGCUGCGAAGAAUCUGGCCGAAGAGCCCAUACCGCAACAAACGGAAAAGAAAGUGCAGCUGUCGCCCAGACGACCGCCGUCGCUUCCAGCCGGCGUCGAGCCGUUUGUGCUGCCAGCUUAUGCAGCGACUCAAAUGUUCAUUCCGGGCAACAUCGAAGUGAGCUUCAAGACGUGCUCAUUCAUCUAUGUGAGGCACCCUACCAUUCUCAAAAAGAAGGCCACGCUCAACGACCGAGGAGCAUUCUCUGGCCCCAUCCGCAAAGACGCAGCCUUCAACUCGGACUUGCCAUCGCCUUACCCCGCAGGAGGAGAGAUGUUCAGUCUAGCGUGGGAGUACUACGUCAAGAACUCUCCACGGGUCAGAUCCGAUCUCAGACGGCAGCGCGAGACGGCGCGCGUGGGCAAGGAUGGAUUCGAGAGGGAAAGGGCAAAGACAAAAUGGGGCUUUAGGAGAGCCAUUAGGAGAGGCACGCUUGGCAUCUACUCUCCUGGAGGCAGAAUCGCCCCGUACGAUGUUGGUGUCAGCCCAAAGACGCCUGGCUCCAAACCUCUGAUGGGCAAGACGCCGCAUCCAAGCAGGACUGCCCGCCCCUAA